UUAGUAUCCACACUAGACUGCUUCUCCCCCAGCUGUACCUGCCCCUCUUCAUUCCUAAUUGUCUCAUUUGGCCCAGCCCCGCCCAGCCUGACCUUGCCUCCUGCCCACUGACUUUUCCUACCCCUUUCAGCAGCUGCAUUGACUGUUGUGCUCGAAAAUAUUGCAUUGUGAUUAUCUGAGUAGGUGGAAGUUUCCCGAGAACAAAGCCUGGGUUGUUAACAUCUUCGUUUGUGCAGAACUUAGCAAAGCACCCAGAACACAGAAGUACUAAACAAGUUGGAUGGAUGGAUGAAUGGAUGGAUGGAUGGAUGGAUGGAUGGAACGAGCAGAAAUCUGCCUGAUACUGUGGCCUGAAGCAGACUAGUUCAUUCUUGACGUAUCUAGAUGUAGCCUUGACCUAGGGAAUGAAUGUCUUCAGUGAGCCCGUCCUUGGAUGAUCUUGUCUUCUAGGGUGAGUUGGCCUGGGUUCAGUGCCAACUGUCAUAUUUAGGCAUUCAUUGACCAUCCUUGGUGCCAGGCCCAUAUUGGGCAGAUGAAGAUUCACUUACAUGUCACAUGAUGGUAGAUGAUUUUACUGAGCAUUUACUAAGUACCAGAUACUGUUCUAGGUGCUUUAAGUGAAUUAGUUCAUUCAACUCACACAGCAUCUGAUGGGGUACAUACUAUUAGUAUCUCCAUUUUGUAGAUGAGAGUUAGAAAAGUUAACGAGCACAUAGAGCUAUGAAAAAUAGAAUCUGCACGUAAACCCAGGCAGCCUGGUUCCAGAGACUGACAUUACCAGCACCUCAUGUCCCCAGGUUCGUGUUUUCGGGGGGGUCCUUGCAUUUCUCGGUCCCUUCGUCUCCCAAGUUGGAAGGACAGGUAAGGGCUAAGAAGAGAAAAUUUCAGCUUGGUUUUUUUUUUAUUUAGUCAGUUAUAUUCCCUCGUGAUUACUUCAGGAUACGCAGUUAGCCAGGAUGGGGUCUGUAUUUUCUUCUUUCUAUCUGUAUACGUUUACUUACCCAGUGUAACUUUUCUCACCCAGAUUUGAGUGAUUAGCAAAAAAGUUCAUGAUGCAAACGGUUUUGCUCUGUGCAAACCAUCUGUCUUUCUCAGUGGGCUGGAAACCACACCACUGCUUCCUCUUUACCUUUGUAGUGAGAGCACAGCCUUUGUCACUGGGUGUCUGAACAACUUCAGUGACACGGCCAGGAGAGGUCUGUACUGGUCCAAAUGGCACACAUCCUAUACGUGGCAUCUCUCUUUCUCCUUCUGACUAAGCUCAGCAUUGGCCAGAGAAAAGUAACGGUCCAGAAAGGACCGCUGUUUCGGGCUGAAGGCUACCCUGUCAGCAUUGGCUGCAAUGUAACUGGCUACCAGGGACCUUCUGAGCAGCACUUCCAGUGGUCCGUUUACCUGCCGACAGCCCCCACUCGAGAAAUCCAGAUCAUAAGCACCGCGGAUGCCACCUUCACUUACGCGGUGUACGCGCAGCGAGUGCGAAGCAGGGGGAUCUACGUGGAGAGGGUCCGGGGCAACUCAGUCUUGUUGCACAUCUCAAAGGUCCAGCUGAAGGAUUCUGGAGAGUAUGAGUGUUACACACCGAACACGGAUAAAAAAUACUACGGCAAUUACAGUGCGAAGACUAGACUCAUUGUUAUUCCAGAUACCCUCUCUGCCACCAUGAGUUCCCAGACUCUCAGUAAGAAGGAAGGCGAAUCAUUAGAACUUACGUGUGAAGCAUCCAAAGCGACAACUCAGCAUACCCACCUGUCUGUCACCUGGCACCUGAUCCAGGAUGGAGAAAGAAGCCAAGCUACUGAGAUUAUUUCCCUCUCCAAAGAUUUCAUGUUGAUCCCUGGGCCCUCAUUUACCGAGAGGUUUGCCGCUGGUGAUGUGCAUCUCAACAAGCUUGGGGUCACUACCUUCAGGCUGGCCGUAGGGAGGCUCCAGCCCUCCGAUCAAGGCCAGCUGUUCUGUGAGGCAACCGAAUGGAUUCAAGAUCCAGAUGAAACCUGGACUCUAAUCACGAAAAAGCAGACGGAUCAAACAACUCUGAGGAUCCAACCGACAGUGAGAGAUUUUCAAGUCAACAUUACCACCCAGAGCACGUUUACAGCAGGGAAACCCUUAGAACUGGUUUGCCUGGUCGUAGGCAGUGGCCAGGACCCACAGCUUCAGGGCAUCUGGCUCUUCAAUGGUAACGAGGUGGCCCGCAUCAAUGCUAGUGGUGUUCUGGACCUCAAGAGAGACUACAGAGAGAGAGCAAGUCAAGGACAGCUCCAGGUUUCAAAGUUAAACCCCAAGGUUUUCUCUCUCAAGAUCUUUUCUAUGGGCCCCGAGGAUGAAGGGGCCUACACAUGUGCCGUGGAAGAGGUGGUAAGAAAUCAGAUGGACUCCUGGGAUGUGCUUCAGAGAAAGCAGUCACCGGACAGCCGCGUGCAUCUGAGGAUGCCAGCAGCAAGAAAUGUGGCCUUAUCUACCAAGAGCAAGCAGCAAGCAGUGUGGGAAGGAGAGGUAUUAACCCUUCUCUGCAAGGCCGAUGGAACCGAGAGUCCCCUGUCUGUGGAAUGGUGGCGCCUCCCACAGGGCCACACGCAGCCAGAGUUCGUGGCUGGCAUGGGGCAGGAUGGCACGGUGCAGCUAGGCGCCCCCUACAAGGAACUCAAUAACCACGGCAACACAAGGCUGGAGAAAACGGACUGGGCCACUUUCCAGCUGGAGAUCGCCUCCACCACCAUUACGGACAGCGGUAUAUAUGAGUGCCGAGUGUCUGAGAGCGCCCAGAACCAGGCCAGAGGUCAGAGCUGGACUCAGAAGUUGUCGGUCACCAUCAGAUCUCUGGAGUCGAGUUUACAGGUUAAGCUGAUGAGCCGUCAACCCCAAGUGACAUUAACCAACACCUUUGGCCUGUCCUGCAUAGUGGAGGCUGACUUCUCCCACCUCAGGGUGCCACUCACUGUGACGUGGCAGUUCCAGCCAGCAAGAUCUCGGGUCUUUUAUCUGCUUGUGCGAAUCGCCUGGAACGGCACUAUUGAGUGGGGGGAUUUCCUAUCUCAGUUCCAAAAGAAGACAAAGCUUUUGCAGUCCUCAUUUUACUCUCAACUCCUAAUCCACGAUGCCACGGAGGAAGAAGCAGGAGUUUAUCGGUGUCAAGUAGAAGUUUAUGCCAGAAAUUCCCCAGACACGAGCGGCCCCCCGAGGGCUUCUGCCGUCUCUCACUCGCUGAUGAUAGCCAUCACUUUGCCAGAGAGCAAGCUAAGAGUGAACUCAACCAGUCAAGUCCAAGAGAUCUUCAUCAACUCCAACACCAACAUAGAAUGUAGCAUCUUGUCCCAGUCCACUGGAGACCUCCAGUUAGCCGUUAUUUGGUACUUCUCUCCCAUUUCCAUGAAUGCAACCUGGCUGAGGAUCCUGGAAAUGGACCAAACCAAUGUUGUAAAAUAUGGGGAUGAAUUUCACUCCCUACUGAGAAAACAAAAAUUCCACCCCAAGAAAGUUUCCCAGGACUUGUUUCAGCUACAGAUUCUGAAUGUGGAAGACAGCGAUCAGGGCAGAUACCACUGUGCUGUGGAAGAAUGGUUCUUGUCCAGAAACGGCACUUGGCACAAGCUUGGAGAAAAGAAGUCAGGUCUGACAGAAUUGAAACUCAGGCCCACAGGAAGCAAGGUACGCGUCUCCAAAGUGUACUGGACAGAAAAUGCUACCGAGCACACGGAGGUGGCCAUCCGCUGCAGCCUGGAGAGUUCUGGCAGCUCGGCUUCUCUGUACUCUGUGAUGUGGUUGCGCAACGGGGAGCAUUCAGGAAGGCAAAUGCUGGUACACCUUCGGCAUGAUGGCUUGCUGGAGUAUGGUGACGAGGGGCUCGGGGGGCAUCUGUACUGUUACCGCUCAUCCCCUACAGACUUUGUCCUGAAGCUUCAUCGGGUCAGAAUGGAGGAUGCUGGUUUGUACUGGUGCAAGGUGACAGAGUGGGAGCCACAUGGUACCCCUGGCACGUGGGUCAACCGAGCAUCAGAUGAGUCCCAGCCUGUGGUGCUCACGGUGCUGCCUUCAGAGCCCACAUUUCCCUCCAGGAUCUGCUCAUCAACACCUUUACUCUAUUUCCUAUUCACCUGCCCCUGCAUUCUGUUUAUCCUUCUGCUCAUUUCCCUCGUCUGCUUGUACCACAAAGCCAGGAGGUUGCGGGCACUGAAGCUAAACGCGCUGAAAGAAAAGACUCUCUGGGUGGAUUUGAAAUGGGCUGGAGACUGGGUAACCACCUGGAGAGAAGAGGAAGACCAUUGAAUCCCGAGAGCCGUCUGCAGCCCUAUGGAAAAGUGUGGGCUCUGGAAUUGGACUGAGCAUUGGUGUGAAUGAAUCCUGAUUGUGUCCUUCUUGGUGUGUGUGGCCUUGGGCAAGUUACCUAGGAAUCAGAGGGAAUGUGUAUGUGGUUUCUUUGUGUGUUAAGUCAUCUGCCCCUUGCCUUCUCCCAGGAGCUAGAUGAUUUACCCUGUGUUUCAUUUGCCGCACCUCACGGAGGUUCAGGGUCCCCUUCUGUAAGGAGAGAACCUCCCUCACACAGCCUCUUGGGUAUUAGUUGCAAUCCUAUGGCGAAGCCCAGGGUGAGGCUGCCCUCUGCUUUCUCCUCCCUUAUGUCGCUGAUUCCCAGGAAAGCAUUCCGAGUGGUCCAGUCACACUGGCUCUAGGUAAUCUUUUGCCCCAGAUAAGAGGUGUGGGAAGGGGCCUGAUGUCAGCAAGGCAAAAAGGAAUUGGGAAUAUGCCCUUCAUUGACAUCAGAUCUACUUCCCAAUGUGGAUGUGACUUCCUUCAAUGCAGAAAUCCUGUCUUGCCCCCAUCCCAUCUAUAAAUGCUACUCAAGGACAAUCUCUGCGUAGACGGUACCUAAUUAAUAUUGAUGGGUUCUUUGAAGAAAUUAUAAAGCAUUUUGUAGUCUGAGUUUCUGCUUCCUCUUUCUUCCUCCCUCCUUUCCUUCCUCGCUUUCUCUGUUUUCUUUCUUUCUUUCUUUCUUUCUUUCUUUCUUUCUUUCUUUCUGUCUUUCUUUUCUUUUCUCCUCACCUCACCUCUCAUCUCCUUUUCUUCUUUUCUCUAUAAGACUAUUAGGUCAUUAGGAAAAACUUUUUUUUUUUUUUUAACGACAGUCAACCCCAAGGCCUCAUAUCUCCCCUUCCUCCCCACACCAAAAGAUCCAUCUGGAUCCUGGCUUUUAGCCAAUGCCUUAUUUUCUUUGACCUGACAGCACUGGGUAGUAGCACAGAGUGUUGUGGUAGUUCUUUGGGGGAGGAGGAGUAACAGGGCCCCUGUCCCCUCCUUCUCCAGCAGGGGCUGGGAGCCCAGGGGGAUCACUGGGUCAAGUCUGGUUCCUCAGGGUCCCCAGUUCUCAGCCAGGAAAGGUCAGGAGGGCUGGGGUUGGGGAGUGUCAUGGCUUACAGCUUUUAACAACUGGCCCCAGGAUAUGAUAACUGUUUCCACUGGGCCUGAGGUCUCCUCAUCUUUGUUUCAAAAGCUGCUCAGGCCCUAUCGGAGCCAGAAUUGGAAAUCAAUCAGUGCCACCUAACAGACUUGAGAAAACGCAUCUAUUUCUUAUCUAUGUGACCAAUGGGGUUGCUUUAACACUUGGCGAUUUGCAUGUCCAAGGAGAGCAAUUUAUUUUUAAUUAUUUUAUCAAGCACACACGUCUUCUGCAAACAUAAUUAGUUCCCUUGCCAGGGGAUUACCGGGGCUCUGAGAACUCCCACUGUAGCCUAUGGGUUCCUUACGUUUCUCUCCCUUUAUCGGCUCAUUUGAAAUACUACAAGUAUUUCCUUAAAUGUGUCAACACAUCUGUCUCUUGUCUCUCAGGUAGGGUGGCAUAUUUUUCAGAAAACAAAGCUAAGGUUAUGACUCCUUAGAAAGUGUGAUGCCCCCUGCCCACCCCCCGCCCCCGGCAGAAACCUGGAGUUUAAUUGGUAUUUUGAAGAGAGAGAACAGAAUUGAGCCCCGUCAGAUAAUCCCAGCAGACUCUAGUACUGUCCCCUGCCUGGGCUACUCUUUCCCCUUAUCUCUCUUCCUCUGUCCUCAGCUGGGCCCCGCCUUUCAGAAGCUUGGAGCUCAGCACUUUUUCACGUUUGAAUCCGGCUCAGACAUUGCACAGAGCAGACACUCAAAUGUCCAACCGCACCGCCCGGCACAGAGCACGGGAACGAUUAUUUCCCAGUGAGCACCUCCUAGUGUCUGGCAGAGAUGGGGGUGAGGGAUCUAAUGGUGACCCGCCCCAUCCCCUGGGGUCAUCACCUUGCAUCUUCUGGAUGCUCUGCUUUCAUACAGCACGUUAGAUGUCCAGAGAAGCCACACGGCUCCAUUUGGCCCAUGGGGAAUUUUCAGGCAACCAAGCCCCAAAGUCAUCUUUUCUCUUUUCUUGAACUGAAUAAAAUUUUUCACCUAACUCCGGAGACAUUUUACAUGAAACCUCUUCUUUUUCCAAUUAUGUACUUGUUCCAUUUUCCUGUCUAAAACUUAGUACAGAAUUGUACUUUUGUUCAUUGAUUUCAACUUUUCCGUUCUAUGUCAGCACCUGGUUUUCCCGUCAGCAUCUUGUGUUUCAAACCCUCUUUGGUAACAGAACAACCCUCUGUCUCAGGAGUUGGCCACCUAUGGCCCACAGGCCAAAUGCUGCCCACCACCUGUUUUUUAAAAUACGAUUUGUGUGAAUACAGCCACUCCCGUUUGCCUACAUAUUACCUCCGGCCGCUGUCACAAUAAAACGGCAGUGGUGAGUCACUGCCAGGGGGGCUAUAUGACCCGCAAUGCCUAGAAUGUUUACUAUCUGACGCUUUACAAGAAAAGUUUUCCAACCCUGCUCUUUUUUAGUGGCUAGUGUUCUGUCUCCGCCAUGCCCUGUGCUCCUGGGAAAUUUUAUUUGACCUGUUGUAUCUGUAUCUGUAAUAUACCUGAUUAACUGAAGAAUAAUCCUAAGCCCUCUGGAUCAGUGUCCAGUCCAAACAGUUGUGAAGUUCGAAUCCUCUGCCAUACUCCUACUGGAGAUGGAAAAUGCGUCACUCCGGAGGUAUUCCUACUCUGUGUGGGGUGAGACGACAAGGAGGUGACAAAGGCAUGAAUAGGCUGUUUUUGUUCUUUAUAGUCUAUUGAGAUGUAUAGGAAACAAGAUCUUGAACGUGCACAAGAACUUGGCCUUUAUUUGGUGGACAGUGGUGAGCCAUUGAAUGUUAUUUAGCAGGGAAGGGGCAGCUCCCUUCAGGAGAAUUGAAAAAGGAGCAGCAUAGAUGAUGGGUAGGGGUUGGGUGAGGGCUGGGGCAGUACCAGGACAAAAUGACACCGCUAGCCUCAGGACACCACCUCCACUGUCCUCUAAUUUGUGUAACAGGGAUAAAAACAGCUUUAUGAGGUUUGUGGACUGAACCAAACUGUCAGAAAGUUUCAAGUCUUACAGCAAGCUCAAAGAGGUAGCUAAUGUAUAUUUGUUAAAGACAAUGACAUGUUAUGAGAUUCUUCUUCUGGUUAAUAAAUAUUAAUUUUCUAUUGAUAAGUGUA